CUCCCUCUACUACUUUUGAAUUUUCUCCCUUUUCUUUCUUUCUCUCUCUUUUUCUCUAUUUCUUUACUAUGGAAGAGUUGGAUUCUUUGUUUGGUUAUCAAGAGAGUUUUGAUGAACUGAAUCAGAAGCUUCUGUUUACCACAGUUGAACCGGAGACGGUGAAAAUGGAAGUGAGCGAGGAAUUGAGGAAGCAGAAGGAGGAGAUGAAGCAUUUACUCAAGCUUCUCAAGGCUGCUUAUCUAGAAAGAGAUGAAGCUAUAGAUCAAUUGCAAAAACUGCGUACUAAAUUGAUGCAUUCGAAUCCAAUUGAAUUUCAACCCAGCAGUAUUCUUGCUCAUGUCCAACAUGAAAGUUCCCUUGCAGUGGUACCAACAAAAGCAAAUUCCAGCAUAACUGAAUCCAAUAGUCAAUCAGAUACAUAUAAUCCUCAGUUACAUGGAUCAUCUCCUGGAGAUUCCUUCUUGGAUGCGGCUUCAUCCCCAGAUUUCUCCAACAUUAACAUGGCUGAUUCAAGAAGCUUUACUUUUGUUAACCAGCCUUUUGCUCAAGAAUUCAAUUCUUCUAUACCAACAGGAUUAGUGUCAUCAGUUGUAACCAAAACUGAUCCAUUUACUGCAGUGCUUGACAGUCUUGUUAAGGGGAAAACUUUGCCCCCAAAGGGGAGAUUAUUGCAAUCUGUGAUGGAAGCAGGCCCUCUUCUUAAGACCCUUCUCAUCGCUGGCCCGUUGCCGCAGUGGAGAAAUCCUCCUCCUUUGCAACCUUUCAGAAUUCCACCUCUUAUUAAAGGUUCUGAAAACAUUAGCUUUAAUCAGAAACCAGCUGCAAAUUCAAGUUGCGUUGCUCAAAGGUCAUUGAAUUCAUUAUCAUCCCAUCUUCAGAUGUCGUGUGCCUCAUCUCAAAUGUGUUCUACAUCAAUGCUAAAUUUUUCAACAUGUCCUCCUGCUGUUGAUCCUCAGAGUAAUGGGAUGCUCUUAACUGCAGGUGCUUUCAUUAACACUCAAUUAUCAACCAGCAAGCGACAAAGGUUUCACUAUUGAGACUGCAGCCUUGGUUCUGUCUUGUAAAAAAUGAUUUUUAGUGGUUGAGUGGGUCUGAAAUGACAUAGCUUUUUAACUUUAGUUCAUUCAUGGUGUGUCUUCGUACAUUUUGAUGUUACACCAGUCAACAAUGGUGUGUGUAUUAUAAUUUAUAAGGCUGUUUUUUCUCUGCUUAGUGAGAAAGAUUCCCACUUUCAGUUGAAUAAUCAGCAGCAGUACUGAUUCGAAUCAAGAUUUUAUAAUUUAAACUCUUUCAAA